AUCACUGGGCUGCUACGAAGACGACUUGCUGACCCCGGCCAUGACCCACACGACCAUCAACUUUGACCUGACCUCACCCAGCGCUAAGAAGUGUCAGGACGCUUGUCUCUUUGAUGGCUUUAUCUACGCUGGGGUGGCCGAAGGUUAUCUGUGUCUCUGUGGAGACAACAAGGGGUCGUCUGUGAGCUCGUCGUGUAGUAAGGCGUGUGUGGACGGCCAGGGGUGUGGUGGAGAGGACCCCAUACACCACAGUGUUUACCAGGCAGGGGGUGACGUUACCUUCUCCCUCACCGCUACUGUACAGGACAAGGCCAUCGACGUGUCCCUGGUUGGCCUGACCCCUGUGGCCACGUACCAGGUGCACCUAGUUGGCCUCAGUCCCGCCUUCAACGUGGCACCUGGAACCCUUACCACCUCCCUAGUGCUGGAGAACUACCUCAUACCUGGCUCAUUCCUUCUGUCAGGUGUGUGCUAUAACUGUCGGGUGGCUGAACCAGACGUCGAGUACUACUGCAACGUGUCUGUGACGGCACCGACGGGAAGGAUCAUGUCAGCGUCCUUCACUGAUUGGUUUACUUUCACGCCCACAGCCGUGGCAGAGUUCACCAAGGUCGGUGACGUCCCACCACAGGACUACGGGGCUAUAGACUUAGUAUCAGUGACCGACGUCCAGGAGAUAGUCAAGAUCAACUCCCCCAUCACUGUGAUCGGCUACGUCAGGGCUCUCGAAGUAUACAUCACGCAGAUAGAUUCCUUCGUCUUUAAGAUAUACAGACCAGAGUGCACAACAGGGGAGUUCUGUCUUGAGCUUAACGGGUGUACGGACAGCUGCCCUUACACACGAGAGGACAGUGUGUACUCUUGCCCCUCCUCGGAGCUCUUGUGUACACUCAAUGGAAUGUGUGCCGAAAACGACAUCGUGGGAGAAUGUGUAGGACCUCAAGGUAGUGUGCUGGGUCAUCUGAUGUUUGUGUUGUGGAGGUGUAGGAAGGUCCUCAUGGUAUAG